AUGGACGAGCAACGCUUUAAGGAGGUGUUUAAAGAUGCCGCAGCUGAAAUCGUUCAAGAGCUGCGUGAGUUCCGUGGAGAAUUUAGAGAAUUCCGAGAAGAAACGAAGAGGGAAAUGGACGAAAUAAAGAAAGAAAUGGGACAGCAUAAGUCCAAAAUGAAAGGCAUGAAAGAACGCGCGACCGCAGUAGAGGAAAGGGUUAACUGCGCCGAAGAAAGAGAAACUAUACUUGUGGAAGUGAUGGAAACGCUCACACAAGAUAUGGACGAGAUCCAGAAGCGGGUUGAGUACCUAGAAAAUAAAUCGAGGCAGAUGAACGUGCGCAUCUACAAUGUGAAGGAGAAUAAUGACCCUGCUAAUAUGAGAAAUUUUGUAGAAACGCUUCUACAUGAAACUCUGCAAAUCCCGAAAGAACAACUGGGAAUCGUGGCAGCGCACCGUUCUGGGGCAACCCAAAAGGCAGACGCAUCAGGGAACAAGCCACGAAGUAUCAUCGCUCGCUUUCCGACUUGGGAGGCCAAGCAACAGGUGCUGAAGGCGGCAUGGGGGAAGAAAGAAGUGCUCUACCGCGGAGGCCGCAUCUACCUGGAUCAAGAUUUCACAGCGAAACUACAAACCCAAAGGAAAGGCUUCAUGCGUAUCCGAAGCCAUCUGAGGGAGAAGGGUAUUAAAGCGCAUGUCCGAUACCCAGCGAAGCUGUUUGUGUUGGAAGAAAACGGCACGAGGAUUUUCAACACUCCACAGGACGCAGAGCAGGCCUAUGGCCUCACCCCAAGCGCUAGGCCUAAGGACCGAGGAGAAUGGGUGCACCAGCUGAAACUAUUGGGAUGGGAGAGGGUGAGGAAUGGGAGUGAAGGCUGA